AGGUUGAGAGGCAUGAAGACAUUGACCUGUAAGAGGCUGAGAUACAUAGAUAGAUGUAGACAUCGAGAGAGGGGGGUGGGAGACAAAGUAACAGAGGGAGAGGGAGAGAGAGGGAGGGAGAGAGAGAGAGACCCUCAUCAGCUGUGUUACAAAUGUUUCAUAUGAGUGUUGGGGAGCGAUUAACACGCAUCUUCAGCUGGGUGUUCAUAUCAGUCUGCAGUACGAUAUCCUCGAGACCAAACCCUUGGAAGAGGGUCACUUGCCAGAGGAGGAUUUUUUUUUUUCUACUGCCUUUCUUGUUUUUUAUAUUUCCUUCUUGGGCAGAGGGCUGGUGUAAUAGAAACCAGACACAAGCCAGAAUGUGAGGCAUUCACAGCAGCGAGACCUCACUUCUCCACAGAGUGAGAAAACAGGAUAAAUACAGUGUCCCCAAUUUAAUGAGUUUUGUCGUUGUCUCGCGUUUUUUUUGACGGUCCAUAAGUUAUCAAUAAGUCGGCAAAGGCCAGGACAUAAGGAUGGUAGCGGAAAUCCAUGGAUCAGACGGUUGAGGGAAUAUCUAGAGAGGGCAGAGGAGACCUUGAGGAUGGGAAAUGCAUGUACAACUUUACCAGAUUCUAGUUGAAAAGCUUGAAAGACCAACAUGAGCUGGAGCUUUCUCACGCGUCUCCUGGAAGAAAUCCACAACCACUCCACCUUUGUGGGAAAAGUGUGGCUGACUGUGCUCAUCAUCUUCCGCAUUGUGCUCACUGCAGUCGGUGGUGAGUCCAUUUACUCGGACGAACAGACCAAGUUCACCUGCAACACCAAACAGCCGGGUUGUGACAACGUAUGUUACGAUGCCUUUGCUCCCCUCUCGCACGUCCGCUUCUGGGUCUUUCAGAUCAUCAUGAUCUCCACUCCCUCCAUCAUGUACAUGGGUUAUGCUAUUCACAAGAUAGCCCGAACUUCAGAGGUGGAGCGCCGGAAGCACCAAAGGGUCCGCAAAAAGCCACCGCCCCAUUCCAGAUGGAGAGAGAGCCACCAUCUGGAGGAUGUCUUAGAGCAGGAGGAAGAUGACGAUGCUGAGCCAAUGAUCUAUGAGGAUACUCUGGAGGUGCAGGAGGCCAAGCCGGAGCAUGUAAGCAGCACAAGCAAAGUCCAACCAAAACAUGAUGGGCGUAAAAGAAUUAUGCAAGAAGGACUGAUGAGAAUCUAUGUUCUUCAGCUCAUGUCGCGAGCUAUUUUUGAAAUAGCUUUCCUUGCAGGACAGUAUCUCCUCUAUGGUUUUCGAGUUAAUCCUUCAUACGUAUGCAGCAGGAUUCCCUGUCCACACAGCGUGGACUGUUUCAUCUCUAGGCCCACAGAGAAAACAAUCUUCCUCCUUAUCAUGUAUGUGGUAAGCUGUCUUUGUCUAGUGUUAAAUGUGUGUGAGAUGCUUCACUUGGGAAUCGGCACUUUUCGGGACACACUUCGUACGAGGAGGAAUCGGGGUCGACGGACAUCCUACUGCUACCCUUUCUCUCGCAACAUCCCUGCCUCCCCUCCGGGCUACAACUUAGUUAUGAAGACAGACAAACCUGGCAGGAUCCCCAACAGCCUCAUCACCCAUGAGCAGGACAUGGCAAAUGUGGCCCAGGAGCAGCAGUGCAUCAGCCCAGAUGAGAACAUCCCAUCGGAUCUGGCAAGCCUGCACCGUCACCUUCGAGUGGCCCAGGAGCAGCUUGAUAUGGCCUUUCAAACAUAUCAGACCAAAAACACCCAGCAAACCUCCAGAACCAGUAGUCCUGUAUCUGGGGGAACUAUGGCAGAGCAAAAUCGUGUCAAUACAGUUCAGGAGAAACAAGGAGCCAGGCCGAAAUCAGCCACAGAGAAGGCUGCAACCAUUGUAAAAAAUGGAAAAACAUCUGUCUGGAUCUAGAAAUGAAUAUCAUUGAGUACAUUAACAAUAAAAAUGAACAUUUAAGACUCCAGGACUACACUGUGACACAGCUGGAGGGAUGUGUGAACGAGUACGAGAUGAGAAUUCCAAUCACACUAGCUGAAGGAGUACAGUACACAGUAGGCUUAGUUUUUGAGCAUUAGAAAAGAAAAUACACAUAAAGGAAUUAUCAAAUCCAGUACCAUGAAUCUUCUCUGUUACCAUAGUGUGUCAUUUUGUGCUUGCCAUAGAUUUCAGACAUGAUUAACAUAUGCUUACUUAGUUAAACAUAUCUAAUUCCAGCUAAAAUAUCAAAGUAUAAGAGGAUUUAUUCAAGCUAUUUAUCUGAUCUACCCUUGAUUGGCGCUGAACUGGAUUCAUUUGAAGAAAAUUCAACUUUGGAAGGGUGUGAUUGUUCCCUCGAUCCAAAUUUGAAACGUGUCAUUUUGAAAGCAUGAUGAUUGUUGUUGGAAAGAUUUAGCAUUAAUAUUUGGGGAUGUAUUUUUGGAUGAGUGUGGAGGACUGUUCCUGGAAGAAAAUCAAAGGUGAAAUAUUUUGGUGAGAAGUGAAAUAUUUUGAUAAGGGUGAUGAAAGAGGGCUGUGUCACUGUAGGCUCUUCUGGUAAACAUCUGCUCAGUGUGAUGAUCUUCAGUCAUUGCGUGCAAAGCCUAUAUCUAUUCCAUGUUUUCCAAAGCCUUGCAGUGUCACAUGUGAAGGAAAAGAGGUAAGUGAACAGAAAAUCUGAUUAUUUUUAAAAGUAAAUACUGAUUUUCUGCAAUCUGGAGCACAUGAUGCAUGCUGUAAAACUGGGAACAUACAGUAUAUUUAGUCUACAGUAGAAAUCCCAUCAUUUGCUAUUCGGUUAGUUUUUCUGUCAUUGAAGCUGUACGUUUCUAAAACUGGUUUUAGAGUAAUAUUUAAUCCUGCCUUCACUGUUGUCAUACUUCAAAGUGCCUCAGACUUUUAAGGACUGUCCUGGUAUUUUAUUCACGAAGAAAUAAAUUUAUUUGCAACCUCUGGUG